GGCGACCGCCGCCGCGUCCUGCGGGGCGGAAGGGCCGCGCUCUCGCGAGACGCCGGGGCCGGGCCGGAAGGAGGCGCGUGUUUGAAGGCGGCGGCGGGAGGGGCGGCGGCGGAGCUGGGUAGGGGAACCAUGAAGUCUGUGAAACACUAGAAGUCAAGUGGAAUGUUUAGACGAUUGUCAAAUCUUUACUUUGAAUUUGAACCAAGAAAACAAGGAAACUGGUAGAAAAUGUCACCUGGGAAAAUUUUGCAGCCUGCAAUGAAGAUGAAGGUAGAUGAACUCUUUUUGUGCUGGUUGAGUCAGCCUGCAACUCAGUCGACAAUAAAGGACUGCUUGAGAAGAGUCAAGAAUGAGGAGAAAACAGAGAUUGGUAAUGCAGAUUCAGGAAACAGUAAAAAUGAGAGGUUCACUAAUAAAAAUUCCAAUUCCAAGCAGUCCAUAUUAGGAGAUACCAGAUUGCCUUUAAUGUCCUUCAGUCCUCCUCAGCUUUCUACUACUCUUCCGUUGGCAACUCCAGCUACCUCAAGGAGCAUUUCUAAUGUUAGAGCAGCACGUCAAUCCUCAAGAACAAAAGUAGUUCAGACAAAGAAGGAAGAAACUUUGCCACCCUCACAUAGUCAAAACAUUCCAACUUUUUAUUUUCCUCGAGGAUGUCCUAAGGAAAAAGUAAAUAUAGAUGCUGUGAUUGCCAAAAUAGAGGAAACUUUCUCUGAAUUUCCAAAUGAGAGGGCAACGUUAGAAGAUAUGGGGAAGGUUGCAAAGGCUUGUGAAUGCCCACUUUACUGGAAAGGUCCCUUGUUUUAUUGUGCUGGAGGUGAACGAACAGGAUACGUGUCGGUUCAUAAAUUUGUUGCAAUGUGGCGGAAAAUACUUCAGACCUGCUAUGAUGAUGCUGCAAAGUUUGUUCAUCUUCUUAUGAACCCUGGAUGUAACUACUUGGUGCAAGAAGACUUCAUUCCUUUUUUACAAGAUGUGGUGAAUAGUCAUCCAGGCCUUUCAUUUUUAAAAGAAGCGUCUGAAUUUCAUUCUCGGUACAUUACAACAGUCAUACAGAGAAUAUUUUAUACAGUAAAUAGGUCCUGGUCUGGAAAAAUAACUUGUAAUGAGCUCAGGAAAAGCAACUUCUUGCAGAAUGUGGCAUUAUUGGAAGAGGAAGCUGAUAUUAACCAGCUGACAGAGUACUUCUCAUAUGAACAUUUUUAUGUUAUCUAUUGCAAAUUUUGGGAGCUGGAUACAGACCAUGACCUCUAUAUUGAUCGGAAGGAUUUAGCUCGACAUAAUGAUCAUGCAAUUUCAAAUAGGAUGAUAGAGCGGAUCUUCUCAGGGGCAGUAACAAGAGGUAGAAAAGCACAAAAAGAUGGGAAGAUUAGCUACGCUGAUUUUGUCUGGUUUUUGAUAUCUGAAGAGGACAAGAAAACACCAACUAGCAUUGAAUACUGGUUCCGCUGCAUGGAUCUUGAUGGGGAUGGUGCUUUGUCUAUGUAUGAAUUGGAGUAUUUUUAUGAAGAACAGUGCCAAAAAUUAGAUAACAUGGCCAUAGAACCUUUGCCAUUUGAAGACUGUUUAUGCCAGAUGCUGGAUCUUGUAAAGCCACAACAUGAAGGAAAAAUUACCCUGCAUGAUUUAAAGCGAUGUAAGUUGACAAAUGUGUUCUUUGAUACUUUUUUCAACAUUGAAAAAUACCUUGACCAUGAACAGAAGGAUCAGUUUUCUAUGUUGCGGGAUGGUGAAGGUGAAAGUCCAGAGGUCUCUGACUGGGAGAAGUAUGCUGCUGAAGAGUACGAUAUCUUGGUAGCAGAAGAGGCGGCAAGUGACCAAUGGAAUGAUGGGUAUGAAGCAGAACUGAAUCCUGUAGACCAUCAGAAGGCCAAUGUCCUAAAGUAUCAAAUGGAGAAAAGACCAUUUUUCGAAAUGCCUUCCCAUCUGGCUGAUGUAGACUUGGAUGAAUAUGACUAUGAAGAGGAUUUUGAGUAGAGGUUACUUAUGGUCAACACUUGCAGAAAAGAAGGACAGUCUGCAGCAGGUCUGCUACACACCAAUACGUUUCAGUGGGGUUUGUUUCCUGGAAGUCAGCUUAGUUUUGUGCUAAAAAUAUUUAAUCACUACACUACCUUCUAAGUAAAAGAAGCAUAUUUGUAUGGUAUGAUGAAAAUUUUUGUAUUUAUUCAAUAGUUUAUAGUUUUUAAAAUAGAUUAAAAUAUUUAUUUACAGAUGUUGCAUAAUUCCUUUUUGGAAGAAUAACAAUAUUUGACUUUAGAGAAAAGUAAUCUACUGUUUUUUAGAGAACUGUAUAAUUCUCUCAAAGUUGACGUGUGGUGCACUGACCAUCUCCGUCCUGCCUGUGAACAGGUAUUUCUGUCCUGGUUUGGGAGGUAAGGAGACAAUUUAUACCUGGCCUGCAAUGCGCUUACACUCAGAGACAGCCCUAGUGGUUUUAUGCCUUGGCAAGGAAGAGACAUGACAAUGAGUGCACAAUUCAGUGCUCAUUUACAAGCAGAGUUUUGUUUGACAGGCCGACCAUAUUAGUAGUAUACAAGGAAAGCAAAUGCCCAAGACAAGUUGCUUUUCUUCUGUGUAGUCCUUGUUUGCCCCAAAUUUAAUUUUGCUUGCCCUUUUAAACUUCAGUCUUUUCAUUGAUGUUAAUCAUAAAAAGCUUAUUUAACAAUGAAGUCUGUUUUAGUGUUCAUACUUGAUCCAAAAUGGGUGUGUUAAUUCAUGUAGAAGGAACCAAUUUUUUUAAAAAAUCCUUUGUAUAAAUGUUACUUGAUAAGUGAUGUGCACUAAUUUGUUGUGGGCAUUCAAUGCUUUUGUCUGUCCCCCCCCUUCGCUUGUUUGCUAUUGACACAUUCCGUGAAUUCAUCAGUGUCACAGCAGCAUGAAAGUGUUGCCUCACUCUUAAAUGUUAAACAGAUUUUGUUGGGGGAAAAAAAUGUACAAAAAGAUGUAAGUUAUUUUUUUGGUUGCAGUGUAGAUCUUUAAAAUGUUUAAAAAACAUGUUUGUAUUUUCAAAUAAAGAUUUUCCUACAUGUAAUGUAA